AUGCUGCCUCGGCCAAGGUCCAAGGCGCUGCCGGCCACGCCGUCCCCCGGUGAGGGCAGCUGGACGACGGCACACCCGAACACAGCCUCGUCGACCAACUGGACCGAACCCGACAGCCCUCUGGAGCGCUUCCCGCCCUCGAUGCCGCCCAAGGAGACGUCGGAUCUGAGGAGCAGGGUCAGCACCGAUGCUCGUCUCGCGAACGGCUCUCCCUCGACGGCCAAGGCCGCUGCGCGCAGCGGGUCCAUCAAGGGCUGGUCGCCGCGGUGGGCGCCCAAAGUCAAGCGCAACUGGCCAUCGCCCAGCUCGGGCACCGUCGCGCCGGCCGCCAGGCAAGCUAUCCCAUCGUCGACGCCCUCGCCGGCGUCGGCUCCGGCGCCAGCCCUCAGCUUCGAUUCGGACCUCUUCGAUCAGACGGAUCUCAGCGACGGCCUGUUCCCGCUGCCGCUUCGGAGCCCGUCUGAAGAGGCGCGAGGGGCAGCAGCCAACGGUCACAGGCCAAUCGGACGCACCAGAUCGAGCCCGAGCCUCACUGACCCGGACAGGACACCCAUACCGGAGCGCCUGUCGAUCAGAACCUUCGACACACGGCUGGCUUCUCCGGCCAUGUCGAGCCUGACCGUGACCCCAAGCCACUUCCAGUCGAACCCGUCUUCUUCUCCCGCCCUUGCCGGCCUCAUCAGCUCGUUCCCCUCGCCCAUCGGACGGGCAGAGGUCGGGACAUCGCCGCCCGCCCCGGUCGCCAGAGCCGCCCGUAACAUGGGCUGGGACGGCGGGGAGAACUGGGCCGUUGAGAACCGGAAGCAUGCCGGAGAGCGCUUCAGCGCGGCGGCAUCCGACGCAUCCUCUUCGGCCAAGGCGGCUGGCGGCAGCUCGAGGCGGACCAGCCGCGAGGGGCAUGAAAGAGGGGCGGCGCGACCGUCGAGCUCGCAGCGCCUCGUCCCGCCAGGUCCCGCGCCUGACCGAGCACUGCCACCGCGGCCGCUCGCCCUCUUGGACCUCAACGAGCCUCACCCGAGGUCGGAGCCUACCCACGGCGGGCGGUCUCCGCUCAAGAGGCUGACGCUCGAAGGCGGACCGCCCAGUUCGCCAAACUACCAGACGGGGAGACAGACGCAGAAGGCGAAUCAGAAGCCGGCCGUCGCCUCGGGCCAGCAGCGCCCCUCCAGCAGCUCGGAGCGUCUCUCGCAGAUGACGAGCCAGCGGAACGCGCCCGCAACGGACGUCAUCGGAUCAAGAGACGAGAGCCUCGAUCGCUUCUACGAGCCCGACAGACCGCCCAGCUCGGCCUCCAUCUACGCGACAGCCAGCUCGGCGGCGAGCAGCACCACCUCGCUCGUGCUGGGACCCACAGCAUCGACCGGAGAGAUUGCCAGAUCGCUCGACAUCCCACGCGACGCCAUCAAGCAGAUGCUCGAGACCACGCAGCAUGUGUGGCGCAACCACUCGCCGGGAGCACCGCUGCCCACCGCGCGGGCCCCGCCUGGUGUGCGAAGCCGCCUCAAGAGGGUCAAGUCGAGCCCUGACCUGCACGAGAUGGACUCGUUUGACUUCACCAUCGCAGACGAGGCCAAGCAGGUCCAUCAGCCCGAGUCGUCGGAAUCUCGCCGUGCAUCGAUCUCGACGCUGCCUUACCUCUCCUCGACUCGCCCCUCGUCAGAGGCCCAGUCACCCAGCUGGAUCACCCGAGAUGCCGGGGGCGGCCAGGCGACCACGUCCGCCUCACGUGGAGCGAGUCUCGAUGCCGCGCAUGAGCGCCGGCCGUUUCGCAAGACGUACAUCGGCGGAAAGGACGAGGAAGACGCUGCGCCGGCUCCUGGCAGGCUCCUUCGCCCCAACUUUUCUCGACCGAUACCGCCGGGCUCAUCCGGCAGCGGCACUGGUGGCACUCGCAUCGAAGAGCCCUCAAAUGACACGCUCAGCAGAGGCCUCGGGAGCCCUGUACAGCUAGGGAUGGACGAUCCUACGAGCGGACGGACCCACGAGGAAGAGGACGAGGAGGUCCUCCUCGACGUCGACUCGGAGCAGGGUCAUGCCGCGUUUGCGGGCGGGCUCGGUCUGGUGGGCGCCAACAGGGUCGGUGCCGAGCGCAAGAUCCCAUCGACCUCGGCGUCCUUUGCCCGGCCGACGGCGCGCAGCCUCGAUCUGAACCGCCUCCAGGCCCUGGCCACGGUCCCGCAGCCUGCCAGUCCGCCUCGCAUCGAGCGGCGAAACUCGGAAAGCGGCGUGCACAGCUUUGGCGUAGGUCGAGACAAGCGGCAGCCGGGUGAGCUGCACGCCUGGAGCGUCGUGAUCGACGAGACCGGCUUUCCAGCCAUCCGGACCGCGCCGUCGGCUUUCCACCAUCCAGCAUGUCCGCUCGCCGGCAAGGGCAACGCCACCUGGCAGUGCGGAUGCCGCGGCUUCGACCACGGCCCGUCUGCAAGGGCCAGCAUCUCGGGCGUACCGCGGUUUGGCGCGCAAGCCUCCGACGCCAGCGGGACCAGGGUACUACGCGGUAUGAGCAGCUCGCCCAACCUCGGCGCGAGAGCGCGGGCCUCUAGCGCUGGCAACGCGAUGGAGGAUGCGCGCCAGGCUGCCCUGUGGCAGGAGGUCGAGAGGCAUCGAGCCAAAAUCAGCGAGCUCCAGGCGACUGUGGAGCGCAUCUCGCUCGAGAUUGCUUCAUCGCAACCAUCGCUGUCGCUCCAGACCACACCUGAUCUGCACGGCGCAACCUCGAUGCACUUUCCAACAAACGCCGGCAACACCGCCAGCCUCCGAUCCAUGCCAGCCUCGUACGCCGUCGUACCGCUGCCCGCCGACGCGGCGACAGGUCGACAGCCAUUGCCAGCUUACCAGCUGCCGCCACGCUUCGACUCCGUCAUGGACGAGCCGGCGCUCGAUGCUUACGCCUCUUUCCACACGGUCCCAGCAGAGCGCACGCUGCAUCGCCGAUCGAGCUUCGGUGGGAGCCUAAGGCGGCGCCUCUCUAGUCUCAAUCGGUCCCACUUUGAUCACGACGACGAAGGAACCCAGGCAGGGCAAGAGACGCUGCGGAGCCGUGGGAGACGGCUCAGAACAUCAUCCUCGACCUCGAGCCUCAACAAGCUCUUCAGCUUUCCGUGGAGCGCGAAACGCGGCGAGGCGACCCGGGAAGCAGCCCCGGUGUUUCCACAGCCGACCCCGUUUCCAUACGAGCCGCAAGCACCGACGCGAUCGACGACGGUGCCAGUACACUUGGUCGCGCAGCCACCGAGGCAGAGCGCCUCCGCCGAACGCCCACUGCCUUCGGUUCCCAGCCUGUCUCAGGCUUCGAGACUGCCGUCGAGAAAGUACCCGCCUUCGGCCCGCAAGUUCUCGUUCGACGCCCUCUCUGGACGUGGCGAGCAUUCGAGCGUCUCGCGACGUCACUCGCGGGACCAGUCGGGCAGCUCCAAGGCGUCGUCCUACAACACCGGUGGCAUGUAUUCGGACGGCUCGGAGGCCGCCGAGUCGCGCUUCUCCUUCUUCCCUCGUGCGAUGCGACGCUGGGACUCACUGUCUUCGAGGGCCACGUCAAUGUCGGAGAGGAGCAUGGAGCGCAGCCAGGCCAUCGAGACCAAGCCCGCCGAAGACGUCGUCCAUCGCAUCGGCGCUGGCCCCGAAUCGCUUGGCCGCCUAAGUCAGGACUCGGCCCACCAUCCGAAGCCAAGCGCUCCGCCCCGACGCAGCUCCCUUCGCUCGGUGCCAGGCCAGCAAUUCGUCCCCACCUCGCCGACCCGGCCAUCGCUGCACCUUCUCGACAUGGGCAUGGCGCCCAUCUCGGAGAUGAGCGAAGCGGGUGGCACGCCCAACUCGCUCAACCGGCGCUCGAUGCUCUCCGGCGAGUUUGAGGCCAGCCCUGCUAGCUUCACCGCCGGGACCGGCCGCAUCAGCAUGAGCGAGCGCUACGUCCCCAAGGCGCUCAGCAUCCCCACGUCGCUGCCGCCUUCCUCGGCCAAGGAGGCCGUGGCCCACUCGGCACCCGCACAGGACGCUCUGCGCACCUCGAUCGCGCUACAGAGGGCGGCCGACAAGCCGCUGCCUGCCCUCCGAGGCUCGAUCGCCACCGAGGUUCCGGCCUCAACCACCUGGUCUGGCUUCGGCCCCGCACUCUGA